AUGAAGUUUACAUGUACGGAUCGUAUUCAUCAACACAACAGCUAUUCACCACUACAAUCCGAAAGGUUUCUUACUGUUCUUGCUGGAAAUUAUUUGAAGACUUUAAAUAUGGAUUUGUUUGAAAUCAUGUUUGUUUAUUUAACUCAAUCACGAAUAGGAAAAACAUUUUUGGAGUAUUGUAUGGGAGAAGUUGGGUUAGAACAACCAGUGUCGGAAGAGAAUGAUGUUGCAGCAGAAGUUGUUAGAGCUUGGAGGGAAUCAAGUUUGUCAGUGAAUGGAUAUGGUCGAUUCAAAGACAAAAUAAAUAAUACAAAAUCCAUUGCAGAAAAAUUACCAUCAACCUACAAGUUCAAUCAAUAUCAUGCUACAAUAAUUCCAUUCAUCAAAUAUUCCUUGAAAAUAACACCAUUUUGUUCAACAAACAUUACAGCAAUUUCUCCUUGUCUUGCUUUAAAACUUCUUCAAAUAUGUGUUGAACCUGGACAAGAUUUAUACAACAAAGAUUUCUUCAAAUUAUGGUGGGAUGAUCGACGUGUGGAAAAUUCUAAAGGAAUCAUCACACUAUCUAGAAACGGAUGUUCCUUGAAAAGGGAUAUCCUAGUGAUGCUACUUUCUCCUAUUAAAUUAAAGGAAUUAUUUAAAUCCCAAGAUGAUCAAGAUAAGGAGGUGUUGGCAAAAUUUAUUCCUGAAAUUCAACAUAUUAUGCACAAUAAUCCUGCUAAUUAUUGCUCUUCUGAUUUAUUAGCAAUGAAGGAAAUACUUGAUCCAUCCUUUAAAUCAAAAAAUCAAAGUUCUAAUUUAGUGAGCACACUCAUUAUCAUGAAUUCCAUUAUUAAUGAUACUUCACUUGAUACUAAAUUGAAAACAAAAUACAUCAUCAACAUGAUUCCUAGAAAGAUGAGAAGUAAAUUAAUUGAUACCAUUAACAAUACCACUACUACAAGUGAAUCUAAUAUAUUAUCUCUUGCAGAACAAGAAUUAUGUGAACAACAUAACAUAUCCACCAGAUAUGCAUAUUUAUUAGGAAAUGACAGAACAUUUUACGAUCAAUUACCCAUAUGUUGGAGAUGUAAUUGUACUACGAAGCUUAAUAAGGUAUCACUUAUUGACAAAAUAAGUUUGACACCAUUUUUCCCUAAUUAUGAUAUUGAAUUAUAUAACCAUUUCAAGUUGAGAUAUUAUCAACAUAUUUUUGAUCUGUUACAUUGUGAUGAGAGAACACUAGAACAUAUGUUAAACAAUACCUGCCUUAAUGAUGAUAGACUUUUGGAAUUUUUGGUUGAAAUAUUACCCAAAUUAGUCAAAAAGCAUUGUGGACAAACAAUUUAUUUGAAACUAUCAACAUCAAAAGAGAAUGGUAAUAACAAUACUGGUGAUUCCACUAAGAGUAAAAAAACUUUUAGCUUUAUUGAUGCCUCAUAUGUGCAACCUAUUACACAAGUUUAUCCAUAUUUCCUGGAGGCUUUAAAAGACAAAUUUGAUGAGAUAUUAUUUGAACAAUCAGCCAACACAAUUAACAGGGAGAGAGUUCUAACAUUCGUGAAUAAUACUAUUGAUUCUCUAAAUCAAACACCUAAUAAUGUUACCUAUACACCAAGUAAUGAAUCACCAUUCAACUCCUUCUUCAAUAAUUUGCAAAGUGGUGAAAAUAACACCACUUUCUCGAAUAAUGAAAAUGUCAUGCAAGAUGAUGAAAAUUGUUCAAGUAAUGAAAAUGAUAUGAAUAUAGAUUCUCAACAUCAUUGUUCAUCUCAAGAUGAUGAGUUCUUAGAAAAUGAUUUUCUAAAUGAGGACAAUGAUGAACAAGAGGAUCCACUUUUUGAUAUUAAUGGUAAAAAUGUUAAUGAUAGAGAGAUAAUUCAAUUAAUUCAUGAAAGGCUAGGUAUUGGCAAUGAACUCAACCCAUUUACAAAGGAUGGUAACAUAUUCAAACUCUGGGGAAACUUUCAAGAAGUUCAAGGCUUUCUGCAUUAUAAUGAUGAACAAGUGAAACAAGUAUUGAAAAAUCCAUCAAAGGGAAUCCAAAUUCAAAGAGGUGUAUCAAUAUUUUGCUCUUUUUAUGUGGAAGUUUUUGAAAAAAGUCCUCAUUAUCUUCAUCAAAUGAAAUAUCAUUUGAUGGAUGUUUGGCGACAAAUUGAUUCUCUCAAGAAUGCAAUGAAUUUUAUUAAUGAAGGAUUAGGAAAGUAUCAUGCAACGGAUAAUUUAGUAAGGGGAAGGAAUGGAGGGUUGGGCUCUGAUUCGAGAUGGGAUCUUAUUGUACAACAUAUUACUGAGGGGUUUUUAUUCAAAAAUCCAAAGUUGUGGAUUAAUCUUAAACAAGUUAUGAAGGCUAGACAUAAUUUUCAAGAAUCAAAAUCAAUCUUUGAUGAAGAAUUGCAACAAUCUGAAAGUUUAUUAGCAAAAAAUCCAUGA